GGUCCGGAGAGUGUCUUCUCUGCCGCGGUGUCCCUGGACUACGCUGAGCGCUCCAGUGCCCAGGUGAUGCUGGAGCGGGCCUUGCGAACGGCCGGCGGCGAUCCGGACAAGCCUCAUCGCGUGCUGGCGCGCCGGGCCGACGGCGAAGUCUGGAAGGACCGAGAGGGCGGGCCGCUCCCUGCGCUGGGAGCCGUCGGGGCCUCGUUGUGCGACUUUCGCCAGGACUUCAGACCGAGCUACAGGCCCAUCAACUACGACGAGAUGUUGAAGUGGCCCAAAGGCGCCUUUCCCUGCCGCGCCUUCCUGAAGACCCGCAAAGUCGCGGCCGACGACCACAAAGUCGAAGACGUGCAAGUGUGCAGGAGCUUCCGUGAGACGUCGGCCGGGAUCUUCCUGGAGGGUGACCUGGAACCAGGCGAUCGGGUCGAGCUCGGGAGCGACGGGGGACACAGAGAACUCCUGCCUCUGGACCGUGUCUUCCGGGUGGUCCUGACCGCGGAGGUCCCACGCUGCCCGGCGAGUCUGGCGGAGCUCGGCUUUGCGCCGCUGGAGAUCCUGCCGCUCAGUCCUCCCGUGGCUUCGAGGAUCUCGAAGUUCGGCGAGGAGGAGCUGCGAGCACUCCCGGAAGCGGUUUGGCGGACGCCCCUGAUGGCCAGCAUCCUGGGCAAAUAUCCUCGGGGCCAGAAGGAGGAAGAACUCGACGGCGCCACGGCGGAGCUGGUGCUGAUGGAGCACGCGGUGGCAAUGCUGCUGAAGCAGGCAGAGGAGCGGGCCGGCUGCAAGGAGCUGCGAUCAGAGCUGGGCCCGCUGUGCUUGGCCAAGCUCCAGGCGGGCCAGAGGCUGCUGUGGGAGUCGGACUUCACCAGCCAGGUGGUCUUCCAGGAAGCGCAGCUCGGGCACUUGAGAUUCUUCGAGCCAGCUGGCCAAGCGGUGCAGCUAUACCACCUGCGAAUGCAGGAGUUCCUGGCUGCAGAGGCCCGGUUGGCGGGUGCCCAGGCGCCGGCCUGGAGAGAAGCCUUCGCCGAAGCGCAGGAGCAGCCGAUGUUGCGAGGUGCCCUCCGCUUCUGUCUGAUGAUGCAGACGGCCGACGCGGCGGAGGCAGAGAUCGACCUUAAAGAAACAAAGUUGGUCGCCGCGGACGUGGAGGCGUUCCAAGGAGCCCUGCUUUGCACCGAGAAGCUGGCGCUCAACUUGGAUGAAAACCAUCUGGGCCCCGAGGGCGCCAGCAGCUUGUCCUCUGCGCUGCCCAAAUGGCUCCGACAGCUGCGGCUGGACCUGAUUCGGAACAGCAUCGGCCGGGGAUCCUAG